AUGUCUCGAAUCGCCCCCUUGACGGCUGUUUUGGCCUUUGUCCUGCUGGUUCUGGGUCUCUUCAGCGUGGCACUAUACGAGCACGUCAGCUCGGCAAGCCUGUCCCUGCCCAUCUCGCCGGCGCUGACCAUCAUCACGGUCCUGCUGCCCCUCGCGGCCGCCGCAAACGCCCUGUUCUACCUGCGGUCCGCGGCCCCCUACGGCGUCGUCGCCACAGCCCUGCAGGUCGCCCAGGGCGUGCUCACCGCCGUCCUGGCGACGCUGCUGUUCGCCAGCGCCGUGCCGUCCGCCGCCCGCGCCUGCCUGCUGUCCACGCUGUGGCAGCGCCUCUUCCGCGCCCGCGACGCCGAGUCGAUCCUUCGGAUCCAGGACGCCCUCGACUGCUGCGGCUUCAACACGGUGCGGGACAGGGCGUGGCCGUUCCCCGCCGACCGCGUGCCGGCGCACCAGUGCGCGGAGACGUACGGCCGAGACGCGGCGUGCGCGCGGCCCUGGGGCGCGGCGCUGCAGCGGAACGCGGGCCUGGGGCUCGGCGUGGUGCUCCUCGUCGGGCUGCUUCAGAUGGCGAGCUGGGUCCCUCGGCGUCGGGGGUUUGUCCCCAUGAGAGUGCCGGGCAUGGUGCACUACGGCGCCGUCGCUGCUGCGGAUGAGGAGCCGGAGAGGAGCCGGCUUUUGCCGGCGGCGUCGGCGACCCAGGAUACCUUGGAGGGUGGCGAUGGCGUUGGUGGUGCUGGUGCUGGUGCUGGUGCUGGGGAGCAGCAGCAGCAGCAGCAGCAGCAGCAGCAGGGGAAUCCGUGGGCUUCCGAGUAG